UAUAUAUAUGCUGAGCAGCCAGCUCCUCCCAGUGGAAAGGAGGAGCCGCAGGGUGUGGCAGGUUACAAGAACCCCAUGAAGCAAGAUGGCUGCUCGCACAGGUCAGUGAUGAGGAGCCAGCAAAGAGGAUGGCAUCUACAGACCUGAGACAGGAGCUGAACUGCUCCAUCUGCCUGGAUGUUUAUAGGGAUCCCGUAACCCUGAGCUGUGGACACAGCUUUUGCCUGGGCUGUAUCCAUCACCCAAUUGGUAAUCAUAAUAGGUCCAGAGCCUAUACCUGUCCACAAUGUAGACAACCAUCAAAAUCACCACUUAAGAAGAACAUUGUCCUCAGUAGGUUAGCAGAGAGAUUCCAUAGUGGUCAACCAGAGGAGGGCAGGAAGGUCAUCUUCUGCAUCUACUGUGACUUCCCUGUUCCGGCCAUGAAGUCUUGUCAGCAAUGUGAGACCUCCCUGUGUGCUGAUCACCUGAGGAAACACAACGAGACGGUGGAGCACACUUUACUGCCACCAACGGCUGAGCUCAGAAAGAGAAGAUGUUCUGUCCAUGGGAAGAUCUUGGAAUAUUUUUGCACUGAGGAUUCAGUGUGUGUCUGCGCAUCUUGCAGGUUGGAUGGAGAACACAGAGGACACCAGGCCGAGUCGCUGGAGGAGGUCUCCAAGAAGAAAUUAAGACCUCUACUAGAGAAGGUAACUUUGGAGCGAGAAAAGAUUGAGAAGAAAGUCCAAAGUCUCCAGGAACACAGGAUAAAAGCUCAAGAAGUGGCCACCAAAGCAACACAAAGAGCCACUGCCAAGCUUGGCAACAUUAAGAGGCAACUGGAAGAUCUGGAGAAGAUGGUCCCAGAUGAGAUCUCCAGGUGGGAAAUGCAGAUUAAACAGACGGUCUCCGAUCUAAACCAACAGUUGGAAACAAAAAAGGACGAUCUGUCUAGGAAGAUAAGUCACUUAGAGGGGCUGCAUGACCUGGCCGACCCAAUAGCUGUCUACCAGGAAUUAGACAAAGACUUGUGUGACACCGAGGAGGCACUUCCCGAUGACCCGGAAUUUCCUGAUCUCCACGAGGAUCUGAUCUCAAGCUCGUUACACAAACUAUCUGACAUAGUUACAAGUGCAAAGAUGUGGAUACAAAAACCUGCCGACGUAAUACUGGACGUCUGCACGGUAGCCAAUAACCUCUGGAUAUCAGACGACUUAAAAAGUGUCUUCAGGUCCGACACCGAACUGCCUUAUCCAAAAACACCAGAGAGACUUCAGAACUGUGAGGUUCUAAGCCUAAGCAGCUUCUCCUCUUGGCGGCAUUACUGGGAGGUGGACACCAGCAAGUCGGAUAGCUGGAAAGUCGGAAUGUGUUACCCCAGUAUCAACCGGAAAACCCGUAUCAGUAUGAUUGGACGGGACGACGACUCCUGGUGCUUGCGGAGGUGCAACGAUAAUUAUACGAUGAUGUAUGAUGGUGAACGUAUCUUAUUAUCUCACAAGGCUUCCAGCCAUAAAUUCCGGAUCUAUCUGGAUUACGAGGUCGGUCAGCUCUCUUUCUUUGAAGUAGGAGACCCAAUGAGACAUUUGCACACCUUCAAAGCAACCUUCUCCGAGCCCCUCCAUGCUGUGCUUGGAGUCUUUCAAGGGUCCAUUACAAUUUGUAACUAAAGGUGGAGAUAUGAUGCCUUUAUAAUACAGUAUGUUCUGGUAUAGGAUGUCCUGUUCUCUAAAAAUAGCUACAUUUGUAUGUAUGUGAAUAAACCUGUAUAACUAAA